UCGCUGCCCGGCGCUGACAUGGCGGCGGCCGGUGAGGCGCGGGGCUGCACCAGCUUCCAGCGCAGGCCCGGCACCGGCUCUCGCCUCCCCGCCGUGCCRGGCACUCGGCCCUCGGUGCGACACGGGCAGCUGCUGCUCUCCAGCGGGCUGCCCUCSCUGGACUGUGUGCUAGGUGGAGGCGUAGCYGUUGGAACCCUUCUUCUUAUUGAGGAGGAUAAAUACGGCCUUUACUCCAAUUUGUUGUUCAAGUAUUUUCUCGCAGAGGGAAUUGUCUGUGGACAUGAGCUGUUUGUUGCUUCUGCUAAAGAGCAUCCUGACAACAUUUUGAAGGAACUUCCAGCCCCUCUGCUUGAUAAUACCUACAGGAAGGAAUUGGGAGAUGAAGGAGCAGCUGUGAAAUCUGAGGAUUUUCAGGAUUCUAUGAAAAUAGCCUGGCGCUACCARAAUUUACCAAAAGUGGAGGCCAGCCCAACAACACACACAAAGUUUGGCCAUUAUUAUGAUAUUUCUAAAAAAAUGCCUCCUGAAAUGUGUCAGUCCACAAAAUGGCAUCGUUUUUACCUGCAUGAAGAAUUGUCUGUCGAGCCUAAAAUGAAACCAUGUAAUAUGAACAGUGGUUAUGCAAAGCUGCUUCAGUCCAUUCAGAGGAUCAUUUCCCAGGAAGGCUUUGAUGGCUCUGAUCCCCAGAAAAAACAAAGGAAUGUUUUGCGGAUAGGAAUUCAGAGUCUGGGUUCCAUUUUGUGGGGUGAUGACGUUUGUUGCAGUGAUGUUCCUGAAGAUCCUCACAGCMUUACCAAAUUCCUGUAUGUUCUCCGUGGCCUGCUGAGGAAAUCUUUGUCUGCCUGCAUCAUCACAGUGCCUGCUCACCUUAUCCAGAAUAAAGCAAUUAUGGAACGUGUAACAAACUUGUCAGAUAUGGUAGUUGGUCUUGAAUCAUUUAUUGGCUCUGAGAGAGAAACCAAUCCAUUGUACAAGGAUUACCACGGUUUGGUUCAUGUACAUCAGAUUCCUCGGCUUAAUAGCUUGAUCUGUGAUGUGUCAGACACGAAGGACCUUGCUUUUAGAUUAAAAAGGAAGCUGUUCACCAUCGAGCGGCUGCAUUUGCCUCCAGACUUGUCAGACACAGUGAGCCGCGCGAGCAAACAGGAUCUGGCAGGAUCCGCCAAACUGCUGAGCUCAGGAUGUGGUGCCAUGGCCAUGGGCAACAAGCACCUGGACUUCUAGUGAUUUCURCUUAGCAGUUCCACUCAGAUUUAUAUGACACUCUAAUUACGAGUGUUAAUGACUUAUAUAAAUAUUUUUCUUAAUGAUUUGACCCGGCAGUCUUUAAAAAUACAUGUUGUCAUAUGAUGCCUUCCCUUUUUUUUUUUUUUUUUUUUUUUUUUUUUUUUUUUUUUUUUUUUUUUUUUUUUUUUUUUUUUUUUUUU